AUCCCCAGCCACUCAUCUCAGGUGAACGAGGGACUCCUGCAAGCAAAGCAAACAUGCGUGAAUGUAUCUCCGUCCAUGUUGGCCAAGCUGGAGCUCAGAUAGGCAAUGCAUGCUGGGAGCUCUACUGCCUGGAGCACGGCAUCCAGCCGGACGGUCAGAUGCCCAGCGACAAGACCAUUGGAGGAGGAGACGACUCUUUCAACACCUUCUUCAGUGAGACUGGAGCCGGUAAACAUGUCCCCAGAGCCGUCUUUGUGGACCUGGAGCCAACGGUCAUAGAUGAGGUCCGUACAGGAACCUACCGCCAGCUCUUCCAUCCUGAGCAGCUGAUCACCGGAAAAGAAGAUGCAGCCAACAAUUACGCCCGCGGUCACUACACCAUCGGCAAGGAGAUCAUCGACCUGGUUCUUGACAGGAUCCGUAAACUG